GGCGCGAUUGGAUGGUGGGCUCGGCUGCCCGACCACUGGCUGGAUCCCCCAGGGGCACAUGCGCGCGCCGAGCGUCCCUGCUUCGGAGCCCAGGGCAGGCUGGCGCCGCGGCUGGCGCCCCGGCAGCGGCAGCCAUGUACCUGAACAGCGUGCUCGCAGACGUGCAGAAGGAGUCGGCGCCUCCGAAAGCGUUGAACGCGGAGCACCUCUAUAAGAUGAACGAGGCCAUCUUCAAUCUGCCUGAGGAGGAUACCAUCGAUGGGAAGAUGUCCGACAAGCUUUUUCAUGCAGCCACGCAGAUACGACGAGCUUAUAUUUCCGGAAACAUCUGCGAUGCGGACCAUAAUUUCUUCUACGAUUACGUCGCCCUGCUGGGAACAAUGCAGAACCAGCCUUUCUUCACUGCCCAGCAGACCGACAAGAUGCUGAACUGGAUGGAGGAGGCAAUAGAUGGGCCUGGCGCAAAAAGGAAGGCGGCGCCGGCACCGCCGCCCACCCCCGCACAGCCCAGCAGGGCCGAGGCGGCACGGUUGCAGGCGCUGCAGGAGAAGAACAGGAGGCUGAGGGAGGAGUGCGAGCAGCUCCGUGGGAUUUCUUCCGCCAUCAUGGACUUCAAGAGCUUCGCCACCCCCGUGGCCUCGGAACUCGAGGGAAAGCCGGGGGGCAAGAAGAAGCGGGGCGGGGCCAGGCGGAAAAGGGGGAAGCCGGACGAGGCGGACGCGGACGCGGAGGCCGAUUGA